CAGAGAUGCCUUAUCAUGGCUCGAUGGGAUACCAAUGCCAUCAUUCUCCACGGUUGGAUUUGCAAUAAGAGAAGCUCGACCACGACAGGAGCCUCUUCAGAGAGACCAGGAUGGGAAAUAGCGCUUGCGCUUAUUUACAAACCACUUCAUCAGGGGCUGCUCCAGUUCUCAUCUGCUCGAAGCCUCGAACGAUUAAUGAUUAGUUCGCAUUGUUGCCCCGUGGGGUUGCACGGCUACGACUUAGGCAGGAGACAAUACCUAAUCGCACUGUCGUGAUAUAUGCUGUACUAUGAGAUGGAGAAGCCGGACGGUUCUCGAACAGUCUUUACCUCUUCAAAUAGAGAAACGCAAUGGUGAAUUGCAACACCACCUCACUCAACAUUCACAUCCGCAAUAACCAGUCAUACCCAACCAGUCAUACCCACCCAUCUCCUCACAUGAACUACAUGUGACUCUCGCUCCAUCCACAACCCUGACCCAGAACUACCUUACCUUACCUAUUCAGAAGCCACCGCCAACUACCAAAUCAUGGUGUUCAGCUGGAGCGACACCGCAGACAAACAGAUGCUUCUGCGCAUCAUGCAUCUCGCAGGGCCCGUCAAACUGGCAGAUUUCGACCAAGUCGCAGCAGGAAUGCCACCAGGCGUCACCGCUGAGGCGUGCAGACAACGCUUACGCCGAAUCAAAAAACAAGUCUCCGACAGCGAGAGCUCGAAGGAAACUACUACUACUCCAGUCAAGCGUGGAGUCGCUACCAAGAAGAUCGGAGGCGCAAAGCAGAAGGCGCAGAAGUCAGCCCUGGGCGGAGAAGCUGGCGAGUGGGUUGAUGAUGAUGAUGGGGACGAUGAAGAGGAGAGUCCGUUCAAGAAGUCUAAAAUUGAGAAAGAUCAGAUCAAGUCAGAGAGCAAAGUCAAGUCAGAGCACGACGAGGACGACUGGCUGGUUUGAACGGGGUUACUUACAUGUACUCUGAGAAGGGCGUAACUACGUACGACAGGGUGGGCCAGGACUCAGAUUCAACUCUUCGUCCUCCCUCGUGAACACUUCAUAUCAAUGUGGUUGCAUUUUGUGGCGAGCCCCGAGAGCGUCAUGGGAGCUGGCGAGAGAAGCAUACCACAAGACGACCCUGCACAC